UUCUUUCCUCCAAAUCACAUUUCAUUAGGCUGGCAGAUGUAUGUCAGGAAUUUCCUAUUCGAGGGAUGUGUCCCAGCGUCAACAAGAUUCCAAUGCAAUUGAAUAUAGCUCCUCUUGAACAAGCCCAGAAUAAGGCUUUGCUUUGGUUUAUGAACUCCUGGUGUAUCUCAUUGAGUUCAAGUUCUUCAUGUUACUCUGUAGUAAGUUCUUCAGAGUUCAGCUUUCUUCGGAUAUCUUCAGCUUUCAAUUGUUUCUUAAAUACCAGCCUGCUAAUUGAACUCUGAGCCAACAGUACCAAUUUAAUCUUCGCUGCUCCUUUAGCCUUGUGCUUGAUGAUAGAAGAAGAUGCAAAGAAACAGCUGAAGCUAGAAGAAAAGCCUGUUGAAGCCAAAUAACUAGCUCAUUUGUUUUGUAACCAAAGUGUUUCUCAGAAACAAUAAGAUUAAGUGGAUCAGCUGGUGUGCUCUGUGCCCGGUAGAAAGAAGCUUAUUUAAAUUAAGACAGGCAGAGGAUCUCAGCCACACUAUAGAAGGAAGAUGAGCUCCACAGAAGACCUUGACUAUCCUCAAAUCAUCUUGCAAUACAACAAUGGAUUUUUAGUCUCAAAGGUUAUGUUCACUGCCUGUGAGCUGGGAGUGUUUGAUCUGCUGCUGGAGUCAGGAGACCCUCUGUCUUUAGAUGUCAUUGCUGCACGCCUGGGUACCAGCACCACAGGAAUGGAAAGACUUCUGGAUGCCUGCGUGGGAUUGAAGCUCUUAGCAGUAGAGCUGACACAAGAAGGAGCCCUCUACAGAAACACAGAAAUUUCCAACAUCUACCUUACAAAGUCAAGCCCCAAGUCUCAGUACCAUAUUAUGAUGUACUACUCCAAUACAGUCUACUUGUGCUGGCACUACCUGACCGAUGCUGUGAGAGAAGGAAGAAACCAAUAUGAAAGAGCUUUUGGUAUUUCAUCUAAAGACCCUUUUGGAGCAAUGUACAGAUCAGAAGAAGAAAUGUUGAAAUUCUUGGCUGGCCAGAACUCGGUCUGGGGCAUAUGUGGUAGAGAUGUUCUUGCUGCAUUUGACCUUUCCCCUUUCACACGGAUUUAUGACUUGGGAGGAGGUGGAGGAGCUUUGGCCCGGGAGUGUGUUUCUUUGUACCCAAACUGCACAGUCACAAUUUAUGACCUGCCAAAAGUUGUACAAGUGGCCAAGGAACGAUUUGUACCCCCCGAGGAGCCCCGGAUUGCUUUCCACGAAGGAGACUUCUUUAAAGAUUCAAUCCCGGAAGCUGAUCUAUAUAUUUUAUCCAAGAUACUACAUGAUUGGGAUGAUGACAAAUGUGGACAGCUGCUGGCAAAAGUCCACAAGGCUUGCAGACCCGGUGGUGGAGUGCUGCUGGUUGAGUCCCUUCUGAAGGAAGAUAGAAGUGGACCUGUAGAAACCCAACUGUAUUCAAUGAAUAUGUUGGUACAGACAGAAGGCAAAGAGCGCACACCUGCAGAGUACAGCACGCUCCUUGCAGCAGCUGGCUUCAGAGAGGUUCAAGUGAAGAGAACUGGAAAAAUCUAUGAUGCAAUUUUAGGGAGGAAAUAAUAGUAUCUUCAUGUUGUGAAGCACAGAAGUGGAGAAAUGUAAUAUUCUUUUCUUAGAGGGCAGUUAUCAACUUAGCUUUUACUGAAGGCCCUCAACUUUUUUGUAAGCUGAUAUUUUGUCAGGAGAAUCAGUAAUGAUACAAUCUGAGUGUGCAUGGGUUGUGUGUCUGGCUGAUUGAGUAGGACUUGCCUUCAGCUCUGAAUAGGGGAGAAAGAAAUCAAAACCUGUUCCACAAGAAAUAACCCAUGAAAGAAAUUUGCAGUGUGGCUGGUGGCUGCUUUUUUUUUUUUUUUUUUUUUUUUUUUCCCCAAAGUUUAUGCUUCAAGUUUAACACAGCACCUGACAAAAGCAAAGCUGAAAUUUUACUUGGAUUUCUGUCAAAUAAAACUGAUCACUCUACUGAGCUGUUACCUGCUAUUUUAUUCCCUGUGGACUGAGGUAGGAUAAACAGACUAAAAUAUGUCUCCUUGUGGUUUAUCUUUGAGUUUCAAGAGAAAAUCUGUCUGAGCCUUAGGGAAUUUGGCAUGAAAACUGACUUUAUUUCCUUUAGAUUUCAUUUUAA